CAAAGAGUCUCAGAAACUCUGAUGGGAUCCAAAGCACGCGAUCACAGUCAUCCUGAUGGAGAAACAUCUGGUUUCUGAGGACUCGGUUCAGUGCAGGAGCAGAAACGAUGCAGCGAGACCGAUGUGCUCCGUUACUCCACAUCAGCAGAUGAACGAGUGUGUGUUACUGCGUCAGUGCGCUGAAAUCAUAGACGAGGAGGAAGGACACAAGAUGACGAGGCCUGAUGCUUUUAUCUCGCUGGACGCUGAGGCUGACGUCUCUGCGAGGAGAAGAAAACCAACCCUCGUUAGAUCCAAAACAUUUGAUCCGUCACUUCUUCUGCAAGUCCAGAGUGACUCCGAAUCAAAGUGUGAACGCAGGAAGCCGCAGUCAUGUCAGUCUCUGCGCACUAAUAUCCAGUACCACAAAGUUUUUAAAGACAUAAGUGAAGAUGAACAACUCAGACAGAGUUACACAUGCGCGCUGCAGAAGGACAUUCUGUACCAAGGAAGGCUGUUUGUGUCCGAUAACUGGAUCUGUUUCCAUUCCAAAGUGUUCGGAAAAGACACUAAGAUUGCGAUUCCAGUUGCUUCAGUAACAGUCAUCAAGAAAACAAAAACUGCCAUCUUGGUGCCAAACGCACUGGUUAUUUCUACAGCACUCGAGCGGCAUGUGUUUGUUUCGUUUCUGUCUCGAGACACAACCUAUAAGGUUUUGAUGUCUGUUUGCCCUCAUCUGGUUGAGAAGAGUCCUGGGAUCAGUCAAAUCCCGUCCCAGAGCCUGAGAGGACAUCCGGUGUCUCUGCCGAUGGAUUUCACUGCAGAUCUGUCGGAUUUGGACGGUCCGGUCAGACAGACGGGUCAGCAAAUGGACGACAGCAGCAGCUCUGACUGUCCAGAGUCACCGGAUUUCGUCAAAACCCCGAAAUUCCAGAAACGAUCCCAAGCUUUCAUUGAAGUGGCUAAAAGAGACAGUGAACUGGAUUCUCACCCACAACAAGAAACCAACGCCACUGCAAACUUACCGUACACUGGUUCUACAGGAUCAGAGGUGGAGUUCAUGAAAACACUGCGGCCGGUGUCACUCUCACUGAACGCUCUGGUGUUGAUCUGUCUGUCUCUGGUUUGUGUCCUGCUGUUGUCCUCCUGUUACAUGGCGUUUAAGAUCGUGUCUCUUGAGGAACGUCUGACGUCUCUCGUGUCAAUGGAGUUUCCCCAGAAAAGGAGGUGGUUUGCGAAGGAUCUCUUUCAGCUCGGCAUUGUAAAGAGUGAGAUUGUGAAAGAGCGUGUUGUGUUAUAUGCUAAUGUGACUGAAUGUCAUCGCUCCUCUCCACAGAAAACCAUUGUUUCUCUCUGA